AUGGCGUCCACACCGCUGUCGCCCCAGGCGAAAAGACUACGGACGAUCAUCGUUACGCUGCCUAUCAUGGGCGCUACUGCUUUGAUCCUGUACAAGCGCGUCUUCCUGGGUGAAGAGCAGCGAAAACUGCCGCGUGAUGGACACGGGCGCAUCGUGGAGAUAAAACCGCAGGUAGCUAAGGUGGAGGGGCAGUCAUAG